GUCACACACAUACUCCGCUGUCUCCGCUCGAGGAGUUAAAGGGCCGCGGAACGUCAGCGAAACCACACCGAAAAUAGCCAACGUUCAGCGUUAAAUGAACUCGGGAAAAGUCGCAAUUAAAAGAGGAAGAAUGACGUUCCCACAAUGAAGGUUGCCGUGGUGAAAAGAGACCAUCCCUCACUCAUUCGUGGCCGUCCGCAGCUGUUAUGAACCCCAGUUCGUCCACCAGUCGCUGUGAUGGCUGCCCCGCUGCUACUGACCCCACGGAUGAUUGGCUCUUCCUUUCCCCCGAACCACCGGAGGCUUUGGACCAAGAGGUGUGCAUGGAGGACCAGGAGGCCGAGGACAAAGGCAAAUUCAAAUCCAAAUUGGUCUCGGCUUGGAACAGUGUCAAAUAUGGCUGGUCCUUGAAGCAGAAAUCAAAAUUCCGCAAAAGCUCCCCGCUUGUCAUGUUAGGAAAGUCCUUCAAUCUCAGGGAUGAGGGGGACAGAGAGUGUUUCCACCGCUCCUUUACGUCUCUCCUGUGGUUAACGUACAGACGGGGCUUCCCUCAGCUGCCCGGCUGCUCCCUGACAACUGACAGCGGUUGGGGUUGCGUUAUACGCACCGGCCAGAUGCUGCUGGCUCGAGGACUGCUCUUACACCUGAUGCCCCCAGGCUGGCUUUGGUCCGUGAGAUACUGCGCGGUGAAAGAUGACCUGGACCUGCUUCGCCCCGCGGACAGCGCUGGCCCUUCAGAAGACAGGCCCGCCAAGAUGGGCCGAAAACUGAGCCUGGGCUCCGUCCUGGACAGGCCCAUCGAGGCCACGCACAGAAAGGUGGUGUCUUGGUUUGCGGACCACCCCAGUAGCCCCUUUGGGAUACACCGGCUGGUGGAGUUGGGCAAAAGCUCGGGGAAGAAGGCCGGGGACUGGUACGGUCCCUCCAUCGUGGCACACAUCCUACGGAAAGCUGUGGCAGCUUCGGCGGACCUCCCCAAUCUAGCUGUGUAUGUCGCACAGGAUUGCACAAUCUACCUGCAGGACCUGAGGCGGCUCUGUGAACAGCCACCUCCACACUCCUGGAAGUCUGUCAUCAUCCUGGUUCCCGUUCGACUUGGAGGACAAGACCUCAAUCCCUCCUACAUCUCCUGCGUCAAAGUAUUUAAACAGAGUUUGUAUGCAUUCGAAUAUAAACUCUUGCAGCUGCAAUGCUGCAUUGGAAUAAUUGGCGGCAAACCAAAGCACUCUCUGUUCUUCAUUGGCUACCAAGAUGACCAUCUGCUGUUCUUGGACCCUCACUACUGCCAGCCCACAGUGAAUACAACAAAGGAAAACUUUCCUUUGGAGUCAUUUCACUGCAAAUAUCCCAGGAAGAUGCCUUUCUCCCGCAUGGACCCCAGCUGUACCAUCGGCUUUUAUGCGGGGGGACAAAAGGAGUUUGAGUCCUUCUGCACAACUGUCGAUGAGGCUCUUUGUACAUCUGCUGCAACGUACCCCAUGUUUACCUUCGUAAAGGGAGAGAGUCAUGAGGACGGAGGCCACACGCCCGCACACACCGUCACCUAUCUAAAGAGGAACAAUGAAAUAAGGAGAGGCAACACCCGCAGCAGCAUCGAUGAGUUUGUUCUUCUGUGAACAGAAAAGGAUCAGACCCGUCUUGUCCUUUUUCCCCAUUUUUUUAAAUAUGUGAUUUUUGCACUCUUUGGCAACUACUGAGCAAAAUAGGGUAAUCAGCUUCCACAUGAAGUUUAGCUAAAAUAAAUGGUUCAGCUAUUAGUUGUGAUUCUACUGUGUCUAUAUUGCUGUUUAUUUUUCUCUUUGUAGUUUUAUUCUCUUUUGCAUCCCCCCACCUCCAUCUAUUGCAGCUAAAAGAGUGAAUUGGUUAAGAACAAAUAGUCACUUUGCACAACCUGUUCAAAUGUCUUGAGUGGUUCUUUACUUUAAGCUACUGUUAACAACAGAUCUGUGUUUCAGUUCAUGUUAGAGAAUGUGUUCACACUAAAAUGGGAAUCCCAAGAACAGGUGAUUCCUGUUAAUCCCAAUGAAGAAGGUUACCUCUUCUGAUGAAGAGACACACGUUAGAGCGAUGAAAUGAAUGUCAGACAAGUAUGCAGUUCAUAAUGUAAUUACAGUUACUCGACAAAUAUAUGUUUUGGAUUGUUUUCAACUCGUUUCUGAUCUGUAAAUCUCAUUAAAACAUGUUGAAAGA